GAAUUGCAUAAAAUUAUUAUUUAUAAAACAAAAAAAUUAAUUUAAAUCCGCCAAUCUGAGAUUAUUAAAUAAAAAAAAUUUUAAGCGAUAUAUUACAAAUAUAUUGCAUUCUUCAUGUCAAACAAUAAAAAUACCUGAAAUCAGUUGUUUGAUGGCACCAACAAAUAAAUUAAGAAAAGAAAUUUUAAAGAUGCUCCAUUAUAAUCCAUGUUUAAAUUGUUCAUCUGUUUCACGGAGAAAGGAAUAUGAAGAAGUACCUGAAGUAAUUUGUAGCUUACCAUAUCAUCAUCAGCAAAAUAAUAUAAAUAAUGGUGAAGCAGUGAAAAUACAAUUAGAUGUUCCUGUGCCUUUACGAGAAGAACCAAAAUUUCCAAAAGAAAAAUGGAAAACAUUCGUAGCUUUUCUGAUACUUGCUGCAAAUUUUAUAUUAGCAACAGUAUCAUUAUCAUUAGUACAUGAACGAUUACCAGAUCGAACAAUUUAUAAACCCUUGCCAGAUAUAAUAUUAGAUAAUAUAACACCACAAGAAUGGGCACUUAAUAUAAGCGAAAUAAUUAUAAUGAUAACAGUUAAUUCAUGUAUAUUAUUAAUCAUAUUUCAUAAACAUAGGUUCAUUGUAAUGCGACGAUUAUUCCUGAUUUUAUCAUUAUUAUAUUUUAUGCGUUCAAUAACAAUGUAUGUUACAGUGCUGCCAGUAGCGAGUACAACAUAUUAUUGUAGUCCAAAAUUAAAUACAACAGUAACAGCAACGAUAAUUGCAAAACGUGUUUUUCAAUUAAUUUCUGGUUUCGGUUUAUCAAUAAACGGUAAACAUACAUAUUGUGGUGAUAUGAUAUACAGUGGUCAUACUGUAAUGCUAGUCUUAGGUUAUUUAGUGAUAGCAGAAUACUCACCUAGAAGAUUUUAUGUAUUACAUUGGUUAUCAUGGACAGCAUCAUUUUUUGGAGUAAUAUGUGUUUUAAUUGCCCAUGGUCAUUAUACAAUUGAUGUACUUAUUGCAUAUUAUGUGACCACAAGGCUGUUCUGGACUUAUCAUACAUUAACAAAUAUUAAUUUUUUGCAAUCCGGUAGUAGUUAUAAUUAUAUUGGACGUGAAUGGUGGUAUACAUAUUUCUUUAGAUAUUUUGAAAGAAAUAUACGUGGUCCAUUACCAAGACAAUAUGAAUGGCCAUUACCAUGGCCACGUCAUUUCCAUUCCAAAUUACCAAAUCGUGAAAGUUAACAACAAACAAAAGUCUGACUUUUAAAGGGAUUAUUAAUUAGAAUUGAAAGAGAAGAUAAUGAUAUAAAAAAAUAUAAUUUCAAUUCAAAAAUUAGAUCAAAAUUAAAAUUAAAAAAUUUAACAAAAACAAUAUUUAAUAAUAAUAAAAAACAUCAGAAUAAACAACAAUUAAAACAGAAAUUAAUAGAACAAAAUAAUGAUAUAGAAAAAAAUCAACAAUAUUAUAAAAAUCAAUAUAAUUAUUAUUAUAAUAAAAAUAAAAGAAAUAAUUAUUUUAUGUUUAAUUCAAAAAAAGAUCAAUAUAAAAAUAAUAAUUAUGUAAAAAAUAAAAUAUGUUUUUUUAAUCAAUUUUAUUAUAUAAGAAAUUUUCAAAAAAUUAAAGACUUUUUUAUAUUUAAUAACAAUAAUAAUAUUAAUAAUAAUAAUAAUUAUAGUAAUAAUAAAAUUCAUCAAUCACCAACAAAUAUAAUGUCACCAAUAAUAGGAACAUCAA